UCCAAAGGAGUAGGAUCAUCCAAUUAAUCAUAGCUCCUCUGUUUACAGUUGACCUGAAAGAACAUUAGAUCCCAUCGGAAGUUGAAUUGGGAGUUUGAAUCAGUUGCUGCUUAAACUUCAAACUUCCAUCUUCACCAUUGUCUGCGAAAUGGCGUCGUCGUUCCUAUCUCUACCAACCUCGUAUCGCUGCUCCAUCCGACCUACUACCAUUGUCAAGAAACCCCAAAAUCUGUCGACUUAUCUACAUAAUAACCAUCCUCUGUUUUCUACUACAAGAAGACCCAAAUCAAUUCGAAGCACCAACAACAACCACAGCUUAAAGGUUAAAUCCCAAUUGGGUUUUCCCCUAAUUUCUCCAAAUGAUCAAUGGGGCACCUGGACCGCCCUCUUUGCAACCGGCGCCUUUGGCCUUUGGUCAGAGAAGACUAAAGUUGGGGCUGCACUGAGUGGUGCAUUGGUUAGCACUUUAAUUGGUUUGGCAGGCAGUAAUCUGGGCAUCAUUGCUGAUCAAUCUCCAGUUUAUAAUGUAGUGAUGGAGUUUCUUCUUCCAAUGGCUGUUCCAUUGCUUUUGUAUCGGGCUGAUUUACGUCGAGUUAUUAGAUCAACUGGGACUCUGCUUUUGGCUUUCUUGCUUGGAUCUGUUGCUACAACAGUUGGAACAGCAGUUGCAUAUUUCUUGGUGCCAAUGAGAUCUCUUGGUCAAGAUAGUUGGAAGAUUGCAGCUGCACUCAUGGGAAGACAUAUUGGUGGAGCUGUGAAUUAUGUUGCCAUAUCUGAAGCACUCGGGGUUUCUCCUUCAGUUUUAGCUGCGGGGUUAGCUGCAGAUAACGUUAUUUGUGCUCUGUAUUUCACAACUUUGUUUGCCCUGGCUUCUAGAAUUCCACCUGAAUCUACUUCCACGUCUAGUGAUGUUGAUGAAAAGGGGGAGAAGGGGUCGGGAAGUAGUGACAAGCUUCCGGUAUUGCAAACUGCGACUGCUAUUGCUAUUUCGUUUGCAAUAUGCAAGGCUGGCGGUUAUUUGACGAAAUACUUUGGAAUUCAAGGAGGGAUCCUUCCUGCUGUUACAGCAAUUGUUGUGCUUCUUGCAACACUUUUCCCAACUCAGUUUGCUCAGCUUGCUCCUUCUGGUGAAGCCAUGGCUAUGAUUUUAAUGCAGGUAUUUUUCACUGUGGUGGGUGCCAGUGGAAGCAUUAGGAGUGUGAUUACAACGGCUCCAAGUAUAUUCCUGUUUGCGUUUGUUCAAAUAGCGGUUCAUUUGGCUAUAAUUCUUGGAUUUGGAAGACUUUUCAAGUUUGAGGAAAGGCUGUUGCUUUUGGCAUCGAAUGCUAAUGUUGGUGGACCGACGACAGCUUGUGGAAUGGCCACAGCCAAAGGAUGGUCGUCUUUAAUUGUUCCUGGCAUUCUUGCUGGAAUUUUUGGCAUAGCCAUUGCUACUUUUCUAGGUAUAGCUUUUGGAGUUGCUGUUCUUAAGCACAUGUAGGUUCACCUGCUACCAGAAUUGUCUUUUUUUUCU